GCCCGCCGAAUUUGUACGCAUACUUUGGUUUGCCACCCGCUUAGUUUUAGGUAAAGGAGGGCUGGAAUGUGGAAUUUACCUCCAAGGAAAUUCCAAUUGUGAUUGCGGCAUUCCCGAAUCCCGAGCCCUUAAUCGUAAACAGUGAAUUGAAAUGGAGUCAUUGCUAGGGUUUAUGGAAACCACGAGCAGCUUCGAUGUCGAUGUCGAUGUCGACCGAUCAUGCGACUACAAGUUGGUCCCGUGGCUUACCUGGGAUGAAUGGGACUUGGUCAGAGACUCUCUCUUCUCUUCUUCCCCACACUCCAUUACCUUAUCUCUUCAAAGAAUAACGGUGUGGCGAAGCAGAGGGUGUCUUCCUAUUGUGAUUGAAGUAACUGCUUCAAUUGUUGAAAUUCAGCAAAAAGACCCUUUUUUUAGAGUUGACCUUGGUGAUGAUGCUUUGGACUCGGAGGAGAUGCUGACGAUGCUAUAUUGCAUGGCAAUUGUGAGGCUUGUGAAUGGUGUUGUUGAGAAGACACGCAAGAAGACAGAGGUAUCAAUUGCAGAGGCAGCUGAUGCAAUCAAUAUUCCACGUAUGCUGAUUGAUAUUCGUCAUGAGGGUUCUCACCGUGAUCUCCCUUCACUUCGGUUGGUUCGUCUUGCUUCAAUUAAGGCGCUAGAUUGGUUGAAGUCUUAUUAUUGGGAGCUUCAAAAGAAGGCAAUUCCAUUUCAAAGUGAUGGCAUUGGUAGCCUGCGAAAAGAAAUCAAGUAUAGACUCUGUGAAUUGGCUUUUUGGUUGAAAAUCAAGCACACUAAAGGUUCAAGUCCUUCAUUAGCUAAGGGGAAACGGACUAAACAUUGCGAACAACUUUGCGGGCGUAAUUAGUUUCUCUCUCUUAUGGCCGGCAAACCCCAUACCCAAUCUUCAAAGUCUGCAGGUGAAUCCAUUCAAUGUCAUUUUUAAAAUUUUCCAGACGUACAUGGCAGUGGUGUUUUUCAGCUUUUUAUAGCCAGUCUUAUGCUAAGACGUGGUUCAAAAGUUGGGUUGUUUGAUUUUUAUUUUUUGUAAUUUUUUUUCCCCUUUCCUUUCCUCUCCUCUCUCUCCUCUAAGUGCCAUAUUAGGGGCUGGCUGUCUUGAAUUUUAAACCAAACUGGUUUUCCCUUGGUUCACCCGAAACCUUUACAACACCAACAGGUUUUCUCUCGGCUCACCUACAAUCCUUAUAACAAACUUCAAACAAAACAAGUAACUGGAUUUUCUUAGUUCAAUCCAAAACCAACCACCACCAAUCCACAAUUCCUAUCACUUCAACUACUAUGUUCACCUUGAGCUCCUAGGGUGUCUCUAAAUGAGAUUGAAGUGUAGGUGUAUGUAGGGCUGGGUAUAAAAAUAGCCGACUUGCAAAAUCCGUCCUAUCCGAUCCUACCCGCAGCGAAUUGGGCAGUUUCGGCAUAAGUUUAGGACGGAUGCAGGUCUAGUUUUAAGAAAAAGUUCUGGUUUGGAUCGGGUCUUGGUUGGACCCGCACUAAUCCAACCCACCUGCAGAUCAAUUUAAAAAAAAUUCUGUUUUGUUUUGUUAGUUUGAACGCUAGCAGCAAGCAGCAACCCAGCAGCUGCUUACUCUUUUAUAAUCUCUUAUCUCUCUCUCUCUUGCCGACUAUUGAAAGAAAGUGAAAGACUUCUUUGAUGAUGAUCUGAAGACAGACGGCGAGUUUUGACAUACAGAUAUAUAUACAUAUAUCAAUAUCAUAUAUAUAUAUAUAUCCAUGUUGUCCCUAAAGAUUAUCAAUAAAGCUUUUGUUGUUGAACAAAAAAAAAAAAUGUUGUCCCCAAAGAUUUGACAAUAAAACUAAGGAAUGCAUCAGGUAAUAUAUAUGUAUAUAUGAAUAUAUCAAUCAUCAUAUAUAUAUAUAUUCAUGUUGUUUUUCUUUUAAGAUUUGACAAUAAAACUAAAGAAUGCUCCAAUAAGAUGUAAUACUUUCUGAUAUGCUCCAAUAUAGUGAGGUGGACAUUGGUUAAGCUUGAUGAAUUGGUUAUGGAUGCUGUGGGGUGCUGGUGCUAUGCUUUGUUUGUAUUUUUUCUGGAGCUGCCUGUGUUCUAAUGGGUUUUUUUUGGUGUGUCGCAUCAGUGGGGUGAAUGGGCGUGAUUUGAGAUAUUAAUUUUGAAUGUAUAAGAUUUUUAAAUCUCAUGGCUAUUAGUUUUACAUGAAAAUAGUCCCAAAAAAAGUGGCCAAAAAACGAAAGGCCAACAAAAAAAUUUCAAGAAAAGCAGAAGCUUCAACCCGCACAUCCGAUUUGCACCCACCCGUGGAACCGAUUGACCCACCUACACAAACCGCAAACCAUAUUUCAGGCGGCUGCAGGUCCAAUUUUGUUAACCCGCAGCAAUGUGGGUCAGGUGUGACCCCAAUCCAGCCAAAACCGGCCCGCGACCAGCCAUAGGUGUAUGCGAUGGCAAUAAUAUAUUAACUACACAAGAAGGUUGAGAACAAUGCCUUCCACUAGCAAAGAGACCAAAGACUUUAAGGAGCAAUGUCUUGAAAGACUUGUGUUGAAGGUUGCUCUCCCUCUCUGGGGUUGGAUAAAAUGUGUGUAUAAGAGGUGUAUAAACUCUCUAGGUGUCUUCUCUCAUCAAAGAAUCCCUGAUGGGGCUUGGGUGUAUUUAUAGGAGGCAGUCCCUGGCAAUUAACAUUUAGUUUUUCAAAAUUUCUAAGUCUGUAGGCUUGCCCACACCACAAUUUUGGUCAGCCCAAUCUUAGUCUUCUGGAAUGCACUCUUGGGAUUCCAUUUUGUGUUGACUUACUUGUUUGCUUCUGUUAGUCCACAUGUGGGUAUGCAUGUAUGGAAGACAACCUAAAAGGCCUAUAUGGUUGACCAACCUAUAUGAUUGGUCUCCUGUGGAUUAGACACAACCCUAGUUGACCAAUCUUCAAUGUUAGUCGCCCGAACUGACUAAAUGAAUUGUAGAGCCCAUUCUCUAUGGUCUUCUUGAUCCCAUCCUUGUCUAAAGCUUUUUAUUUGCCGAUGAAGCUUUCCCGUACCAUCUUGCAUGCCAAUGAAGCUUUUCCAUAAUUCUUCAAGCUUCCAAGGCUCUAAGGCUUGUCCAAUAUACUCUCUUCACGAAAGUGGUCUAAGAAGCACAGGCAUGAAACACACCUAAGACAUGACCAUAUUGACAAAAUAGUUUAAAAAACAAUUUUGUGUUUCUUCGGGGUGUGGUUUGGUUUCUAUCUAAAAGCAUAUUACACAGUAAUGAAAUUCCCAACCUAAUGCUAGUACUAACAUUAACAUCUCUUUGUUAGUUCUUUUGGGGGUUGGGGGUGGUGGUUUACACUUGGGAAAUUUAGCCAAAAUCCCUUUAUUAGACCCGUAUUUGGCGAAAGGGACAGCCCAAUUUAUUUUGCUUCAUAACCUCCUAAGGAGGAGGCGCAUAAUUGAGUAAGGACAAAAUAAAAUAUCAUUUUUUUGUCUUGGACAAUAUUGCUAGAGUAACAUGUUAUUUUGAACCAGAGUAACAUGUUAUUGUUUACAUCAAUUUUGAAAGUAAUAAUAUAUAUAUAUUUUUUAAGAAUUUCAUAGUCAACAUGAUGAAGAUCAUGGAAAGAAGAAAAAGAGCAAAUCUGGAAUUUCACAUGAAGCACAUUUAGGGCAUCAAGAAUUAAAGAUUUGGAAUAAUUUUGAGUCUUCAUGUUAUUAUAGUAAGUUUUAGUAAUUAAGGGUAUAAUAGUAAUUCCAAUAAUUGUUGGACACGGGUUGUAUGGGUCACCCAUGGGUUUUAUUUUGGGUCAAGUUAUUAAAUGAAUUAUUAUAUAUGGGUUUUAUUAUGUUUAAAAUAAUCUUAGUGGUCAAAAGUUCAAGUUUCCUAUUUUGAUAUUGAAGUAGAAUUUAGAAGUCAUUAAAGUUUCCUAUUAUGAUUGAAGUAAAAUUGGAAGUCAUAGUUGGUCUAGAAUAUUAGUAAACUAAACCAAACCAAACCAAGCCAAGCCAAGCCUUAUGUCCCAUCAAAUAGGGUCGGCCACAUGAAUCCUUCUUCUCCACGCGGCUCUAUCAAAUACUAUUUCGUUAGUCAAAUUAAGUAGAUCCAUAUCUCUAUUUACAAUGCUAGUCAACAUUAAUCUUGGCUUAUCCGGUCCCCUAACACAUCUAUCUACCGUCAUUGCAUCGCCUCUCUUCAUUACUGCCUCUGUUGGUCUUCGUUGAAUAUGACCAAACCAAACCAUCUCAAUCGAUUCUCUUUCAACUUAUCUUCUAUCGGUGCUAUUCUUACCCAUUUUCGAAUAUACUCAUUCCUAAUUCUGUCUUGUCUAGUCUUGUCACACAUCUAUCUUAGCAUCCUAAUUCUGUCUUGUCCCCUAACACUUCUAUCUACCGUCACUACAUCACCUCUCUUCAUUAUUGCCUCUGUUGGUCUUCGUUGAAUAUGACCAAACCAAACCAUCUCAAUCGAUUAUCUCUCAACUUAUCUUCUAUCGGUGCUAUUCUUACCCAUUUUCGAAUAUACUCAUUCCUAAUUCUGUCUUGUCUAGUCUUGUCACACAUCCACCUUAACAUCCUCAUCUCAGCCACACAAAUCUAAUCUACAUGUCAUUUCUUGGUUGCUCAACACUCCGUCCCAUACAAUAUCGCUGGCCUAAUAGCUAUUCUAUAGAACUUACCUUUUAGUCUAGUGGGUAUUCGUUUAUUGCACAGUACUCCAGACGCAUUUCUCUACUUACACCGUUCUGCCUUAAUCCUAUGGGUCACAUCCGCAUCAAUCUCCCCCGCCGUUGUGAUAAUUGACUCUAAAUAACAAAAAUAUUCACUCUUAGGCAGUUCUUAGUUCUCAAUUUUCAUUUCUCCUCUGCCUUCAUUGUUACUGUUACUAAAUUUACACUUCGUGUACUCUGUCUUAGUUUUGCUUAUCCAGAAUCUUUUAGAUUCAAGUGUUUUUCUCAAAAUCUCCAACUUUGUGUUAACUCAUUCUCUAGUCUCAUCCACUAGCACGAUAUUAUCUGCAAAAAGCAUACACUAUGAUACGUCAUCUUGAAUAUUUCUUGUCAACUCAACCAUAACUAAAGCAAAAAGAUAAGGAUUUAAGGUAGAUCCUUGGUGUAACCCUACAGUGAUAGGAAAUUCUUUUGUCUCUCUAACAGGCGAUCUAAUAGUGGUCACCACCUCUUCAUACAUGUCCUUAAUCACAUUAAUGUAACCUUUUGUCACCCCUUUUUUCUCUAACACCCAAUAUAUUAUAUCUCGAGACACUCUAUCAUAUGCUUUCUCAAGGUCGAUAAACACCAUAUAAAUGUCUUUUUUAUUUUCUCUAUACUUUUCUGUUACUCUCCUCAAAAGAUAGAUCGCUUCCAUUGUUGACCUGCUAGGCAUAAACCUAAAUUGAUUUUCUGACACCUUUGUUAUAUCUUGCAAUCGGCGUUCCAUCACUCUCGCCCACACUUUCACUAUAUGACACAUUAGCUUGAUUCCUUUAUAGUUGUUGCAAUUCUGGAUAUCUUUUUUAUUCUUAUAGAUUGGCACUAAAUACUCUUCCUUCAGUCAUCUGGCAUAUUCCUAGUCAACAAAAUUUUGCUAAACAACCUAGUCAACCAAGCAACCCCCUUUUUUUCCAAACACUUCCAAGCUUCAAUAGGGAUAUCACCGGGUCCUAAAACCUUAUUUGAUUUCAUCUUCUUAAGUGCAAUCUCUACUUCAAAGUUCAUAAUUUUGUAAUAGAACCUAUAGUCUUGGUUUAUCGUAUUACUGGUUAUUUCUUUCCCAAUUGAUGUAUCUCCAUUUCCUCGUUUAAUAGUUUCUCAAAAUAGUUCUUCCAUGUCUCCUAAUCUUUUCAUCCUUCACCAAUACCUUAGGAUCCUCACUCUUGAUGCACUUAACUUGAUUAAAAUCUUUUAUUUUCCUCUCCCGUAUCUUAACAAGUUUGUGUGAUUGGCCUAUACUUUGCAAGGGUGAAGCACUUUUCUCUCUCUCUUGUUCUUGUUCUUCUUCUAUCCAGUAAGGUUACUGUUCAUGUUAUUGUUCACAAUGCUUAGAACAACCACCCAACUGUCCCUAAACACUUGUGUUUUCAUUCUCAAACCCUACCCUUUUACAAACCCUUAAACUCUUAUUUUUUUUAAAUACUUAUGUAGUCACAAAAUCCUACCAAAUUCAGCCCUAUAAGUCUACUAUUGCCGUUAAACCAGGCUCACUGCUUGUAGGAAAGUAAUCCUUACUCGUCCUACACAAGGUUGUUAAGAUCGCGAUCCGGAUCGUAGGAUCGUACGAUCCUACGAUCCAUUUUUGGAGAAUCGAUCUGGAUCGCAUGAUGAGUCGUAUUUUGUUCAGGAUCGUUGCAGGAUCGGUAGGAUCGUACGUGGGAUCGUAGGAUUGUAUUUGGAUCGCGAUCCUAUAUGAUCCUACUUUUGGGCUUUUUUCUGAUAUUUUUAUUACAGGUUUGAUGCAUUUUCUAAAGACCCACGAGUCCACGACAUGAGAUUAGGGCAAAAUAUUGGGGGAAAGUUGGUCACGAGAGCUGAGCAGCCUCCAUCCAGCCUCCAUCCAGAUUCCAAAUACCAUACCACCAAGGAAAAGUGCGCAGAUACCACCAAGGAAAAGUGCAGCUUCAUACGGGUUUGUGAAUUGAGUUAACAAUGUCUGCCUCUGGUUCUGGAAGAGGGAGGAAGAGGAAAAAUGUUGCGGGUAACCGAACGGAUCCUGGUUGGGAACAUGGAAUUGAAAUAGAUGCUGCAACCAAAAAGCUUUUGUUGAGCGGAUCAGAUUCAAAAAGUUAUCAAGUCAGUCAUAGUACAAUUCAUGUGCAGAGUCUAUUUGAUGAUUGGAAGCCUGUCGUUAAGAAAUUGUCAAAUAAAGAACCAGAGUUGCUUCUGAACCUUAUUAAGGCAAUCCUUGAAAAGAUUGAGACUCAAAAGGCCAUGGAAUAUGAAAGUGGUAACUGCUAUGUCUUAUUUCCAACAUGAGAACAUGCCAUAUCAGAGAGAAUACAACUGGGGUACACCACAUUGAAAGAGUUUCGGAUCUGUUUGAGUGGCUAGUCAGAAAUCUGAAGGGACUAAAGCCUAUAGGGCGGGGACAUUCUGCUAUUGUAACUGAAGGUUCUUCAAUAGAUACAAGUUUGCCAAAGGCAACUCCGGUGAAACUCCUACAAAAAUCUCUUCUGGUUUCAAGUCCUAGCAACAACCAGCUCAGGGAUGCGGCCUUAGUUCUCGCACAUAUGAUUGGAAAUCGCUCUUUGGUUCAGAAACUGAACAAACUAUGUUUUCUAGAUGCAUCAAAUCCUAAGUUUGAUGAAGAAAACUCUCCUGCCACGAGUUCUGAAAGGAACCUUGCUUGACUAGAGGAUUCUAUUCACCAAGCAGCCAAGAAGCUUGAGUUUGUUAAACGUCGCCAAGUGAAGAGCAAUGUGUUGAAGACAACGGAUGGUGAUGUGGGAAAUAAUAACCGAUGGGUUAUAACAAAAUCAUGGAACUCAUGUCCGAUCGGUAUGUUGCCCUGUGAUGUUGUUUGGCUUCCUGUUCUCGUCUGUGAUGAUGAUGAUAAAGAAGUUCUAAAGCCAUUAGAAAGCAAGGAAUAGAGGGCAUUGAACGAGGGUAUGCUCAAGUGAGGACUCGAUUGUGAUGUUGAGCUUUUUAGUAACUCGUGUGUUAACUUAAGAAGAUGAGGGGGAGUGAAGGUGUGUGUGAAUCGGAUGGUAAGGAUGAUACAUUGUCAGAAGGUGUCAAGGGCCGGCUGAUGAUUGGUGGGGUUUGGAAGAAAGUUGAGGAGGAAGAGGUGUUUGCCAUUGCAUCAGCUGUAAGGAUUUUGGUUUGAUUAUUACUCAGAGCAAGGAAUUUGCAGAAUAGCCGAGUCGAUUUUAAAUGGUUUAGUUUGGCUUAUCCUUUUUGCCCAUCCCAUUUUAUAUUUUUUUACUUCCAAUAGCUGUAUCUUUCUUCCUUUUUUGGUUGUUUUUAUUUAUUCAAAUUAGUCUAUGUUUAUUUAAUUUUGUGUGGGGAAGUAGUUUUGUAGGUUAAUCUUCAUAUAGUAGUGUACUAAAACCUAAUGCAGGACGUCCCUUGCUUUUCCUAAUGCAGGUAUGGUCCUGUACAAAAAAACAUUCACUUCUAUGUGCCCUUGGCCAAUGCUUGUACGUUUAUUGUGGGAAUAAAAGAAGAGAAAUGUUUAUGUUA